CAGCAGCAACUCAGCAAUUGCUCAGUGAUGGGUAGCGGAGGCUCCAAACCGGAGCAGCAACACGUUUUCAAUGCCGAUGUGCCAGUACGACUUUCUCAAUCAGUUUUGAACUCCCUGCAAGAAAGUCCAGAGACCGACUCAACGCGCGCACAAAUCCUCGAGCUCCGAGUGCAAGAACGGGUCAACGCCGAACUCCAGCGCAUCCGCGACGCCCAGGCGAAGAAGCUCGAAUCUCUCACUGCUUCCCUGACCACGCAUCCUCCUAAAGAAGGCGAAGGUCUGCCAUCAGAAGUUGCGCGCGAUCCGCACAGUCUUGCUGCCCACCUGAGCUCGCCUUUCUACCACGACUGGACCAAGGAGGAACCGCAGCCUGCGAAGUGCGUAGAGAGCGAUCGAUCGCACGACAGCGUGCAGAAGGAAAUCAUGGAUCUGAAGCAGAAGUUGGAGCAACGGAAGAAGCUGGAGAAGGUUCCGGACAGCGUGGAAAAAGCGAAAGAAUCACUCGUACAAUGUCUACGCAUCAACGAUCGAAGGCCGCUUGACUGCUGGCAAGAAGUUGAGCAGUUCAAGAAAGAAGUCGGCAAGCUGGAACAAGCUUUCAUCCAGAAAGCUGGUCGGUGAUCGCCUAAAGGACAGCAUGUGUGAAUCUGUAUAUACCCUCCUGUAUUCUGAAAAAGUACGCACUUCUAGAGGCUUUCAGGCUUUCGACAAUUCGUAGCGAGGACCGCGACACUUGCCCAGCUAUGUCAGGUGAGAGAAGUUUUCGCUCAGCCAGCCACCGACACCGACAUUUUCAGCAUUAUUCAAAGAGUUGACGAAUCGGCCUGACAAGAAAGCUCUAGGAAGCUGUCCUAAUUCAGUCAGUACAAUGACCAUGUAGCUGCUCCAACCAUCGAAGCCUGGUGUA